UCUCUCGCGUCGCACCCCCCCCAGCCUCUUGUGCGUCUUUCACCCACCUGCCCGGCGGCGCCCGACGAUCGUCAGAGCGCUCUGCACCCGACCCCGAAGUCCGGGACCUCGCCCGACCAGAUCUCCACUCCACCAAGCCCCCACCCUCCCUCCCCUGAGCCAGUGCUCGUCGGGAGUUUCGAGGGAGCAGCAGAGCAAGGGAGUGAGGUGCCCAAGGUCGUUGAGGCCUUCGCAGCAUUCCGGAAUGAUCUACCUCCUCUCCUCCUUCACAAUCCUGAGUGCCCUAGGGACCUACGGGAUUCUGACCAAUGCCGGGACUAAGAUGGUGGUGACUACACAGCAAGAUCCCAAGAACGUCACAGACGGAUCGCUGAGGUUGGCAGCACGGAUAAACCGCAGCUGUGCAGGAGCGGUGCAGGUUUUCCAUGAGGGGAAGUGGGGGAGUGUCUGCGACGAUCUCUGGGACAUGCAUGAGGCAAACGUGGUGUGUCGGAGCCUGGGUUGUGGUAGUGCCGUGACGGCGGUCAACUCCUCCGCGUUCGGGAUCGGCUCCGGGGAAAUCUGGCUGACGAACCUGGAAUGCCAGGGGAACGAGAAGGGUCUAACGCAGUGUCCCGAGGUGACGUGGGGACGGGGGAACUGUACGCACAAGGAGGACGCAGGUGUUGUUUGUGAAGAAGCACCUGUGGCCCAAUUGGAAUCGGAGUACAACAAAUGCACCGGGAAAUAUUACUGGGAGACAGGAGAUGACUAUUGCAUACAGCCUAAAGAUAUCCGGUUAGUGGAUGGAGAGACGUAUUGCGAUGGACGUGUGGAAAUCAGCUACAACAAUACCUGGGGCACGGUGUGCGAUGACAACUGGGACCUCCUGGAUGCCAAAGUCGUCUGCACGCAGCUGAAUUGUGGACCUCCCGUGGAGACCAAGGGCGAGGAGAGUAGCCACCCCAAAGGUCCUGACAGCGCCCCCAUCCUUCUCAGCAACAUAUACUGUCGGGGGGACGAGAUCGCGCUGUGGGGCUGCCGUUCCUCGGACUGGCUGGAGCAUGACUGUCACCACAAGGAGGAUGUCUGGGUCGUCUGUGGGCCUCCUGCUGUUGUACCAGGGUAUGACCCAUUCAAGGGACGACUUUGCUGCUGUGAUGAUCAGCAUUGCCCUGGCCGUUCUCCUGGUCAUCGUGUCUAGUCUCCUCAUCUACCAGCUCCUCAGGAAGG